AUGGAACAAACAAAGAUAUUUGCAAAAUGGCUUUUGGAUGUAGGAGAAGGAAAUGUUGGUGGUGCGAAUGAUGGUGAGGCUACUAUCGAUAUACCUGAGGACCUGCUCAUUGCCGAUUCAUUUGAUCCUAUAGGCAAUCUAAUUGAUUUUGUUUAUCCACGUAUUCUUGAAAAUUUCAACGAUCCAAACUUCUUUCAGGAAAGAGCAAUACUUGCACCGAAGAAUGAAGUCGUUCAGCAAAUUAAUGAUCGUUUGUUAGCGAUUUUUCCCGGUGAUGAAAAGGAAUACCUAAGUUCAGAUAGUAUCUGUCAGUCAGAUCAUGUUCACGAUAACUUUGAUGAACGUUUAUAUUCACCCGAUGUUCUUAAUGGACUUAAACUCUCAGGUUUGCCAAACCAUAAAUUAGUACUAAAAGUCGGGAUUCCUAUUAUGCUGCUAAGAAAUAUUGAUCAGAACAGUGGUUUAUGUAAUGGAACUGGACUGCAGGUGUUGUCAUUGGGUAAUCUUGUUAUAGAAGCUCGAAUCAUAUCUGGAAGUAACAUUGGUCAUCGUAUUUAUAUUCCAAGAAUGAGUUUGACACCUUCAGACAAAAGAAUUCCGUUCAAAUUUCGAAGAAGACAAUUUCCGCUUGCUGUACAAGUGGGCCGUUCUCUUAUUAAUAAGACGAAAAGGAAGUUGGGUAAUGGUGGUUUUGGGCAGGUUUAUGUUGGUAGGAGGGUGACAGGUGGCAGUGGUAGAACGGGACCUGAUGUGAUGAAGCCGAGGGUUCCAAAAAAGAAGUUGGACGCGGGAUCCGAAUAG